AGAGACCUCGUGAAACCUCCUCCAGACGUCCACCAUGACCUCCGUGCGUCUCUCCGGCCGGCCCGCCGCCUCCCUGUCCUCCCUGUCCGGCUCCUACGGCUCCCGCCGCGGCACCAGCGUGCACGGCGGGGCCGGGGGCCGCCAGGUCCGGGUGUCCUACGCCUCCUCCGGGGGGCUGCGCUCCGGGUUCGACCUGGCCGACGCCAUGGGCGGCGGGGCCGGGGCCCGGGUGUCCGGCUGGGCCGCGGGGGCCGGGAUGGGGAUGGGGGGAGACCUGGCCGUGUCCGGGAACGAGAAGGGAACCAUGCAGAACCUGAACGACCGCCUGGCCUCCUACCUGGACAAGGUGCGCUCCCUGGAGGCCGCCAACGCGCAGCUGGAGCGCCAGAUCCGGGAGUGGUACGAGAGCAGGACCGUGGCCGUGGCGGAUUACAGCAAGUUCCAGCUGGUGAUCGACGAGCUGCGCAAGAAGAUCAGCUUCGCCACCCACGAGAACGCCAGACUGAUGCUGCAGAUCGACAACGCCAAGCUGGCGGCCGAGGACUUCAAGAUGAAGUACGACAACGAGCUGGCGGCGCGCACGUCGGUGGAGGCCGACAUCAGCGGGCUGCGCAAGGUCCUGGACGAGCUGACGAUGACCCGGUCCGACCUGGAGAUCCAGGUGGAGGGUCUGAAGGAGGAGCUGGUGUACCUGCGGAAGAACCACGCCGAGGAGCUCGCGGCGGUGCGCAGCCAGGUGAGCAGCCAGUCCGUCAACGUGGAGGUGGACGCCAAACCCCAGGAGGACCUGACCCGCGUCCUGGACGAGAUCCGCAUCCAGUACGACGGCAUCGCCGAGAAGAACCGGCGGGAGAUGGAGGCCUGGUACAAGGUCAAGUUUGACGAGCUGAACAAGGAGGUGACGAGCAGCUCCGACACGCUGCAGUGUUCCCGCACCGAGAUCACGGAGCUGAGGAGAACGCUGCAGAGCCUGGAGAUCGAGCUGCAGUCGCAGCUCAGCCUGAAAGCGGCGCUGGAGGGCCAGGUGAUUGAGACGGAGUCCCGCUACAGUCUCCAGCUGCGGCAGCUGCAGGCCAUGGUGGACGGGCUGGAGGUCGAGCUGGGACAGGUCCGGCUGGACAUCGAGAGACAGGCCAGCGAGUACAAGAUGCUGCUGGACAUCAAGACCCGGCUGGAGAUGGAGAUCGCCGAGUACCGGAGACUCCUGGAGGGAGAGGAAGUGCAGAAAACGGUCACCAUCGUGCAGGUGAAGGAGGAGCCGCGUAAACCCGUCAUCACCCAGAGGAAGAAGAUCGUGAUCGAGGAGCUGGUGGACGGGAAGGUCGUGUCCCGCACGGUGGACGAGGACUCUGAGAUCAUCAUCAAGUAGCUCCGCUAGGUCGCAUAUUUAUUCUGAAACAACGGCCGAUCAGCAGAUCAGCAGAUCAAUCACGUCAUCACAGGAUCCACAUCAUCUUUAUUUCCCUGGAGAAGCUCGGCUGCAGUUCCACCGACGCCCACUGGGUGUCGCUGUUCCGCCACAACGAUUCAGCUGCAAAACGGCUCUUUUUCUGCAGUUUUCUGUUUAAUCUUUGUUGUUUUUUUGCUGGAAAGUCACAGACAGGCUGAGCGGGAUUCUUAAAUGUUUGUCAUCAUGUUUUGAUGUUGGAGUGUUUGAUUUCUGCUAAAUGCUCAAAUAAAUCAGUCAACUGCU